UACAUUUAUAUCAUUUCAGAAUUCGCAUAAAUACCAGAAAACAUCUUGAAAGACUACCAUUUCAAGCGGAUCUUUUCUUUCAUGCGGAAACCAAGCUUCCUUUUUCUUAACUCAUUUUACUAAAGCUUCAAAUUAUGUUCAAUUUGUUGAUUGGCUGUUAGCACUUAAGUUGAUCUAUUUAUUUCCAAUGUACCCUUUUUUUGUGCAUGAAUGCUUUUCUGUUGCAUGUUUAGAAGAUGAAUGCAUGAAUGCUUAGGUAACCUUCUUUUUGUUAUGUGAUGUAGGACAUAGUAGGACAGCUGAAAUUAGAUUGUAUAGCGGAAGUGAAAAGACAUAAAACUUAAAUUGAAACAAAGUUUGGGAACCAUCCUUUCCAUUUAUGCUUCUGUUUUAUAGGACUGGGGGAUAAAAACAGUAUAGUUCGUUGUUGCAUGUUUCAUUAAUUCAAACUUUCAAAUAUACACUCUCUUCAUUAUGCACAGUAUGUUGAUGUGAAGUGAACUAAAUCUAAAUAAUUUGCGUCUUUAUGUCGAAAAUAUUCAUAGUAUGUCCUGUGUUACGGUUUCAAAACCUUAAGCGACGCGUGGGCAAUUUUUCUAGUUCAAACUAAACAAAGAACCAAAUUAAAAACCAUUCAAUCUGAAAGUGAAACGCCAUUCCAUCAAAUAAGAAAGCAAACAAACAUAGAAAAUGGGACUAGCUACAACUAGAAGAAUCAAAUUUCUCAUUGUCAUAGAUAGCCAUAAUAAAUAAUUUCAUCCAACUUUACCAUAGAUUGGAGGGCUCCCAGUGACUAUAUUAUUGAGCCGUCUUCAAUUCGAAACACACACAAGCAUCAUUGUUCUCCUUUUUGAACGAAAACUCUCAGAUCACGUAUCGUAUAUCAGUCCCUUUUUGUGGCUUUAGAAACCUUAUAAUUAUUUUGAUCGAAUGCAACUUAAUAGAAGGAAGUGGGGUGUUAAAAUGACAGAAAUAACCCUAUAAACAAGUCAUGUGCCUCGCACAUGACUUACCUUGGCUGAAAAACUUAACGGAGUUAGGAUGAGAUGACAAAUUAAUGAUUUCAAAAAGUUGGUAUAGCAAAUUGCUUAAAAUUUUAAUUUAUAUGACAAAAUGAAAAAUAUGUACAAAUUUAUUCGACAUUUCAAAAAUUUUCCCUUUUCUUAAAUAUUUACAUCUACUAAAACUCAGCGGAUGGGUAGUGUUCAUUAACAGUGCCCAUCCGGUUUUACCCCUUAUUCUCUUCAUGUGUUUUAGGCUUUAGUGGGUUUGUAUGAUGAAUUGGCCACUUUGCCCCUCUCUCAUUUUUGUUCCCGUGCGUGCGUUUUGUGUGGGAAGAUGCUUCCAGCAUCUUUCAUUUUUCACUUUCCUCUUUCUUUUCUUCUCUCUGUCUUUCCGUUUCCCUCUAUUUCUCCGUUUGUCUUUCGGUUUUGAUUCCAAUCGGAUUGUGUGGAAGGGUGUUUGGCAUGUUUUUCUCGCUGUUUUCCACGAACGAAUCGCUCUGUUUCAGGUCCUUCAUAGAUUUUUGGAGAACUAUUGUAUAAGUUUAAACGGACCAGUAUGCAAAUCAUCCUUGCCUGAUAUAGUGGCUAAGGCACCCAAAAACGAGAGAGAUGAUCUACUGCUGAGUGAAGAAUUUAUUAGAAAUUGUGUGGAAAUGUUCUCUGUUCCAGCAAAGGGGAAUGAGACAAACUUGCGAGCUUUUUCCCUGAAGCAUCUUAAUUUAAUAGCCACUAAAGCAGGACAACAACCUUGGGCGAAGUGUCAGCAGAAUGCUUUUAAAUAUGGAGCUCGCAAGCUUGAGAAAAUUGCUGCGGUGCUAAGCUAGCAUACAACAUCUUUAUUGUCGUAGAUGAACGCCAAACCAAUUCUCUUAACUAGCAGGAAAUGAAACAAAAAUAGCUAAUUCAGCACCAAAGUUACACCUUCAACAAAUACGUUUUAAAGAAAUGAAGGUACAAACAUUGAAAGGCAUGUAAAAUUAAUUAACGCUUUAUUAACUUUAUUUUACUCAUGUUUUACAUUUAAUUACAAUUUUUACUAAGCUCUCUCUUCGAAGGAAUUAGCUAUCACUAAUAUAUAUCCAAACUAUCUUCUUUUCACAUGAUCUAAAUACAUGACAGAUUAUUUGCUUGCACACUGAAAGGUUAGAUCGAACAUCCAAGAGUAUAAUACUAGACGUUUCCACUAGAGAUAUACCCGCUUCACAUAUUUUAAUCUAAUAUAUUUUUUCACAGAUAUAGAAAAUACGGAGAGUAUAUCUUUAGUGAAAGCAUGCCUAUUUAUACUUUCGAACAUUUGUCUUCAACGUAUCAAUGAACAAACAGAUACUUGGCCAUGCAUUCAGAAUAUAUUAGAAGAAGAAAGUGUGUAAAUUGGUAACAACUAAUUCAUCCGAAGCGAAGACGGAAAUGAUGAUUUUUUCUCCGAUAAUGAAAAUUGAGAUUACCAAUCUUGAUAAAUCUGAUCCGUCUUAAAAUUAUAUUGUUAGCAAAUUCGCUGCUAUUUCACGAUAAUAUGAUUUGCAUAACUUUUCUCACUCUUAUAUAACGCUAUCACUAAAUACAUUUUAUUCGAUGAGACACCAAUUUCCAUCUUUGUUGUAUUAAAUUACAACAAACUUAGCUUUUCUGGUAUUGAUCAAACUAAGACGAUCAAAAUACAUUAUCCAAAUUCUGAACCCCAGGUAUGUCUCCAAUUUCACUUACUCUUUAUUUCUCAAUACAUUUGUUUGUGUUACACAAUGUUACGUUGCUCCAAAGUUUUAUAUGUAUAAAUUAUGCUCAAUCUAUUUUAAUAAUUUUUUAGUUGUUAA